GGACCGGAGCAGAGACUGAAGUCGUCGAGAAAGAGACGAUGGGAGAGAUCGCCGGAGUUCCGUCGGAGGCGGCAGAUCGCCAAUUACCCGGCACCGACAUCAGCUGUAACGGUAACAAUAUCCAUAGCUCAAUUCCCCACGCUUCGUUCGUGAAAAGAGGCGUGCUGAGCGGUGUGCAUGCGUUAAGAGUAAUUGUUCGACAUACAGUCUCUCUUGCCACGAAGCUUGUAGUGUGGAUCGUCCGCCGCUUCCAACGGUGGUGGUGCGGGGAGAAGAUGACAGCGGUCAACAAGAACUCCAUAGCUUCCGCCGUCGCCGCCGCCCAGUCCGAUAUAUACAAUGCCAGCAUUCAUACUACCAAAUUUUGAUAAUUACAAUGCCAGCAUUCGUACUAAGGAUAAAAAAUAUAGGAAGUUUUAUUUUUGUUAAAUAUUAUAGCGGGAAUUAAAAACAGAAAAUUUAA